AUGGCGACAGAAGCGCUCCGCCCCAGAGGCAGACCGGCCCACACACCUGGAACAACUGUGUUGACGUAUACACCGGACGGUCGUCGGAUUGUCACUGGCGGUUCCAAUUCGGCGAUCCGGGUCUAUACAGUCGGCGAAGACGGCGAACCGAAAACGAUCGACGAUGGCGUUGAUGGCAACUUGGGUGUCGUUGCUACAAAUGAGUCGUUUAUUAUGGGAGCGGAAGAUGGCACCGUUUGGAAGUAUGGAAUAGGGUCAGGGAAGAUGGAACAGCUGCUUGUACGGUGCGCGCUGCCCGUCCGGGAUCUAGCUGUUUCCAAGGACGGAGAGUGGGUGGCAGUUGCGAGCGAUGAGCUCACAGUCAAGAUCGUCAACAUCGAAGACAUGACGAAAGUCAAGUACCUCCGAGAGCAAGCCAAAGGCACAAAGCACGUUUCCUUCGACCCAAACGGACGAUACAUAGCCGUCUCAUGCACGGACGGUCUACUCUACAUUUAUUCGAUUUUCUCGGAGGAACCAGAACUAGUACGGAAAUUAGACGGCGUCAUUCGACGACUCGAAGCGGAGGACGAAGCAACGGCAAAAAUCGCCUGGCACCCUGAUGGAACAGCAUUCGCAGCUGCAGAAGUGACUAGAGACAUCGCAAUCUAUUCUAUGUCUGAAUGGAAGAAGGAAAAGGUCUUCUCGGGUGGUCACAACGGAGAUAUUACCACGGUCAGCUGGUCACCGAAUGGGGCUCUUCUUGCGACAGCUGGUGCGGACGGCAAGAUUUUGAUCUGGGAAACCAAAACACAGCAAGUAUUGCACCGUUACGACUUCGCCAACGUUAUCAAUCUUGCUUGGCACCCUACCAAUAAUUCGCUCUCGUUUACAACGUCAGAUGGCGAGCUUUUCAUCUACGAUGGGUUUGUGCCAAAGGAACAUCAGCAUCACACCCAAAAGCCUCUCCAGGCCGCCCCUAUCUUCCCUGGCGUGCUGGCGGAGGUGUCUGGUAAUGCAGCUCGACCAUUGACAAACAGACCGAAAGAGCCAAUAGAGCGGCCAGGAAGAGGGGGAACGCCCGAUUCUCUUGAUGAUCUCCUUGGUUCUGAUCAGGGUAUGGAGGACUUUGUCGAGGAUGAUGAUGGGGCUGGUUAUGCGGAGGGCGUUAACCUCUACGGCAAGCGAACAAAUGGACAUCUCGACGAUAUUGCCGGCCCUGCCGAGAAACGAUUGUUGACCAGCUAUACAAAGCCCAAGGCCCACCCUCCUCUUCAGCCAGGGAGCACACCUUGGAGAGGAAAUCGACGGUACCUCUGUUUGAACCUGACCGGCUGUGUGUGGACAGUUGAUCAGGAGACUCAUAAUACGGUGACCGUGGAAUUUUAUGACCGAGAACUACACCGUGACUUUCACUUCACUGACCCCUACCUCUAUGAUCGCGCAUGUCUCAACGAGAAUGGGACUCUAUUCUCGAAUAACCCAACCGAUGGCAGUCCCGCUACUAUAUUCUAUCGCCCUCAUGAGACCUGGACCACGCGUGCGGACUGGCGGACACAGUUACCUCAAGGAGAGUUGAUCAGAGCGCUGGCGCUAAGUGAUUCAUACAUUGUUGCUGUGACGACCAAGGACUACGUUCGUGUGUACACCCUGUUUGGGACGCCUUAUAAGGUGUACAGACAAAAAAGCCCAGCUGUGACGUGCGCUGCAUGGCGCGAUUAUGUGAUGACGAUUGGUAACGGACCCUUGGGGAGCGAUGGCCUCACAGCGACUCUCACGUACUCCAUUGAGAAUGUCAAGAGGGAUGAAGUAUGUCAAAACGAGGACGUGGUUGCUCUUCCCGAGGGCUCAGAGUUACGCAGCGUCUUCUUUUCUGAUACAGGGGAUCCUUGCAUCUACGAUUCCGAAGGUGUCCUCCUCAUCUUGCAGCACUGGCGUACUAAUGGCCAGGCUCGCUGGGUUCCAUUACUUGAUACAAAACAGCUUGAGCGGUUGGCAGGCGGGCGAAAAGAGGAAACUUACUGGCCUGUGGCAGUCGCGCAAGAGAAAUUUCACUGCAUCAUUCUCAAAGGAGGAGAUAGAUAUCCGUACUUCCCUCGACCACUGCUCAGUGAGUUCGACUUUCGGAUCCCCAUAUCCGACAGGCCACAGAAAGCAUCCGACGAUGACGAGGGCGAUGAAUCUCGCAACGACGCUUCGGCGCGGUUUGAGGAGUCCUUUGUCCGUGGCAGCGUUCUCCUCUCCCUGUUCCAGGAUCUCCUGUCCUCAACCAACGCGACACCCAGUCAAAGGGCCGAGCUGGCCAGGAAAGAGAUCGAACUGGAUAAGAUCCUACUACAGAUGCUGGCAGUUGAGUGCAGAGAAGGCGAGGAGCGUGGCAUGAAGGCCUUGGAGUUAGUUCGGAUGAUGAAGGAUCGCAAUGGAAAGAUGGUCGAAGCCGCAGCCAAGAUCGCUGAGCGAUAUGGGCGAGGCGUGCUGGAAGACAAGAUUCGGGAUCUGGCCGAGCGGCGAUAUACGGGGACAGGCGAUGAUGAUGAACUGGCUUAA